AUGUUCGCCUAUCGUAUCUGUCAGGAUCAGGCCCUCGUCGAUAAGUUCUUACAACCAGGCUACCUUCCCACCGAAGCCGAGAAGCAAGCUGCUGAAGACUGCUUCGAAGCAGGCACGCUGAAAUGCACCGACGUUGCCGGACAAAACUGCGGAUUCAAUCCAGACUGCCAACAAGGGCAGCCAUGCUGGCGCAAUGACUGGUUUACCUGCAAAGGUUUCCAAGAAGGUAGCAAAUGCCGUGGAGUAGACAACGCGCCUAUAAACUCCUGCUUUACCAGCAUUGCCGGCGGAUACACGGUCAGCUCGAAGAUCAAGAUACCGAACUACGCCUCCAGCCAUACAUUGUUGUCCUUCAAGUGGAACUCGUUCCAGACACCGCAGAUCUAUUUAACCUGCGCGGACAUCAAAAUCGCAGGUGCAGGUACCGGAACCUCUCCGAAGCCUUCGACAUCCAGCAAGCCAGCUACAUCCACCUCAUCCACUAAAGCAGUCCCAAGUGCAUCGGCAACUGGCUGCGCGACACCAGUCUCGAAUGUUGCCGUCACCUUCAAUUCGAAGAGCACUACGUCGGUUGGCCAGACAAUCAAGAUCGUCGGUUCCAUCUCGCAGCUCGGAAGCUGGAAUACGGCCAAUGCGCCGGCGCUCUCUGCGGAGAAGUAUACAUCAUCAAAUACGCUCUGGACGACAACGAUCCGUCUACAAGCGGGAGUAAGCUUCGAAUACAAGUUCAUCCGGGUCGCGAGCAGUGGUGCAGUCGCAUAUGAGUCUGGUGCGAACCGUGCGUACACAGUGCCGAGAGGGUGUGAAGGAAACCAGACGGUCGAUACGCAAUGGAAGUAG